AUGCAAGAACAAUAUCAUAAACAUGCAAAUCAACUUGAGGAAAUUGCUGUAUCAAUUAUUGAUAUGAGUUAUGAAUAUGAUAAAUUCUUUACACUUAGUCUUUUAGAACAUGAAGUCGAUACAUUUAAUCAUAUGACUCUAUUAAAAUUUGCUGAAACAGUUCAAUGUAAAUCAUUUCUUGCAUCGAGAUGUGUUCAAAGAUACCUUCAAAAGAUAUGGUAUGGAAAUAUUGAUUACACAAGAAAAUAUAUUGAUCUUCGAAUAAUCGCUUGUACAUUAUCUAUUCCUUUAAUUCCAAUAUUUUUCUGGACUCUGCGUUAUGUAGAAAAAAAUAACCAUGUCAAUAUUAAAAUCUGUCCAAAAUCUGAACUGCAUAAUUCUUCUAAGCCAGAAAACCACCCAAAACAUCGCUUAUGGUGCAAUAAAAUUAUAUCCUUUUAUAGAGCCCCCAUCGUACGAUUUUAUCAUUAUGCAAUAUUCUUUAUCUUAUUUCUGAUUUUAUUCAGUCCUAUUAUGCUUGUUAAUUAUUUUCCACUAAAUAUCUAUGGUGAAAGUCGAUCAGGUCAUGCAGGUUUACCAAUGCCAACAUUUGAAAUAACACUUCAUGUCUGCAUAUGGGGUUUGAUUUGUGAAGAAAUUCGUCAAGUAUAA